AUGGCUGCUAUGAGGACUUUAACCGCGGCAGGUCUCUUUUUGGCAUUUUGCGCUUUGGGACUGAUAGCAGUAGCGAUCAGCACUGACAACUGGUACGAGACUGACGCGAGGAGGCACCGGGAACGCUGCAAGAAUUAUUCAAACAAAAGAAACGACCCCGGCUACAUUUACAUCUCCAACAACAACCUUCCACUUCGCAUGUUGCCAAAAGAGAGAAAUGUGGAGAGGAGGAACGACGAAAUGCUGCUUCGGGCUAAGCGGCACUUCUUGCCUCCUGCCCCGGCAAUGGAGUCCCUUUGCAGUCGGCAAUUCAACUCCACCAUCACUGGACUGUGGAAAAAGUGCCACCGAGGAGGAUUUGACUUGGAGAUUGAGGAUUUGAUCUUUAAAGGAUUGGUUCCGCGCUGCACACCAAUAAAAUACUACUACUCAUCAUCAGCGCUGCCCAGAAAUCUGCCAAUCAAUCUGACGAAGACAAUAAGGCAGGACGAGUGGCAUGCGCUCCACCUCCAGAGGAUGACUGCCAGUUUUGUAGGCAUGGCCAUUUCCAUCAUCCUGUUCGGUUGGAUCAUAGGCGUGCUGGGCUGCUGCAAGAAGCAUGAUCUAAUGCAGUAUGUGGCUGGACUUCUCUUCCUCAUGGGAGGGACAUGCUGCAUUAUCUCCCUCUGCACAUGUGUGGCAGGGAUCAACUUUGAACUCUCUCGCUAUCCUCGCUACAUGUUUGGAAUACCAGAGGACAUCAGUCACGGUUAUGGCUGGUCCAUGUUUUGUGCUUGGGGUGGACUGGGCCUGACAUUGCUGGCUGGCUUCCUGUGUACACUUGCUCCUUCCCUCUACCCUCCACACACACCUGUGGUGCACAAGCCCAGGCAGGAGAAUGGCUGUGUGUGACAGGCGGACGCUCAUCUAACAGACACCUGUCUCAUCUUGAAACAGUGACGAGCCCUGCUGCACAGACAGUUAUACCCAGGGACUCAGAGCAGUGAGAGCCUUCACACAGCUUGGCACAGAGAAAGCAAAGGACACUGGCUCUCGCUCACAUGAAGAUGAAAAAGAGGUGACAUUUGGCAUAGACAAUUUCAGUUCUUCUGGUGCUUUUGGUUCUGUCCCUCUUCAUGAAUGAACUGUUCAGUGUUAAUUGCUUGCUCUUCAAGAAAAAUCUGUAAUAUUCCUGUAAAAUCUGCUAGUUUAAGGAGAAAAAAAGAGAAAAAGAAACACAGGCAAGACGAUAAACAGCACAACUUUUAAAUCUGUAUUUACGAUCAAACUAUGGAUGUGAACCGUCACAUUUCAAAGGGCAACUGUGUGUCAUUAUGUACUCAUUCAAAACAAGAUAUGUACAUGUACUUUUUGAAUUGUAUGCAGAUGCAUUUGUGUUUAUUCAAGGAAAAAUAUGAGCAUUAAGACCAAACUAUGUUUGAGGGAAAUGUUUUGUUGUUCUUAAGGGCUUACCCCCAUCAAAAUAUUUUUGAAAAAUAAAACAGCCUUGCAAAACUAUUAUUUCUUCCCAUGUAACACACUGAACAGACCUCAUAUAAACUUCUUUGUGGUCGUCUUUUCUCUAUCAUUAUGACAUGAUUCCACCGGAAUUUCAGCAGACAGAGCUAAUGGGGUCAAAACUUCAACAGCAGCUGUUUUAUUUGUUAGUGUUACAAGGAGUCUGUUUUAUUCAACAACUUCUGAACAAUUAAAUGUGCAAAUGUCAGUGAGUCAGUGACCAAAACCUAGCAACAAAACUGAUAAAAAACAAGCAAUUGAACAAUCAACUAGAACAGUAAAAAGUGAAGUAAUUGUCUGCUGUGCAUUACAGUGAAACAAAAUCUCAUUUAAUAAACAUAA